GUCUCCCAGUUGACUCGACAGCUACAUAGAAAAUGGGCGGCUUUAAACAAGCCCCUCAGUGGCAUGGUCGGUAUGGUGUUAUCGUGCCACCUCGGUGGUCGCGAGUUCGAUUCUCGGAUAUUCCACUGAGGGGUGGGAGAUGUGUAUUUCUGGUGAUAGAAGUUCACUCUCGACGUGGUCUGGAAGUCACGUAAAGCCAAUGGUCGCAUUGCUGAAUAACCACUGGUUCCAUGCAACGUAAAACAUACAAUAAACAAGACCUGGCCAACUGAAAGAAACCGACAAAUGAACAGAGAAUGAGACACUUCUCUAGACAUAUUUGUAAGUCACACAGUAAAACGAAUAGUCUCUUCAUUUCGUAAUGCACAACAAGGGCUUAUCAAAACUAUAGUCCAUUCACAUAAGGUAGAUUCUUGUGCCUACCAGACGUUUGUUUGGCGGCCUCUGAUUGGCUGGAACCGGGAGGCAGACUGCUCGCUCAGUGGGUCAUAUUUUCGUUUGCAGCUAAGAAAACUAGCAUUAUGUUUACAUUUCUUCAUUUAUCUCACGUUUUACAAAAGAUAGGAAAGUUUUGGUCAUAUCAAAGGAUUCGGUAUUAAAUGCACAAUUAAUUAAAUCUUUCCCUGCAAUCAAUAAGUUAAAAUACACUGUACAGUGCGAGUAGUACGGUGUGCAACUAUGUAUUUAGAUCAACAUUUUCGUUUUUUUCUUUUUUCCUGUAUUCCAAUUUCGGAUCUUUCAGUCACAUUGAAAACAUGGGACAGCAGUUACUGUAGCCGGGGACAGGUCACUGAAAACGGGACUGCGGGGACGUCUGGUCACCCUAAUAUAGAAGUAAUUUGGGGACCGAAUAACCUAUAGGCGGAUCAUUCAUCUUAAGAUUGAGGAACUUAUCGAGGGAUCUAUAGAAUAUGACAAGUGGGAAACAGUUGUUCUUAAGAUAGUUGGUUAGGGACGUGAUUUCGUCAUGAAAGGCGGCCCAGUAAGAGGUUAUAGCGUGAAAGCCCUGUGAAGUAAAGUGGAUAUAGAAUUCAUUUUGAAAUUAUAGAAACAGGAACCAUGAUAAGACACAUGACUAUUGCUUAUAACUCUUUAACUGUGUUAGAUUACGUUAUUUUUAACAGUCUAUUGAACAAGGCCAUCUGCACCUUCAUACGAACCACCGAAAGAGACACUUUAGGAAAUUAAACAAUUUAGGAAUUUGAGUUCCAUCCUUCAAUAAUAACGUCAAUUCUGAGUUCAACUUCUCGAGGCGCACAUUGUCCAAAAGAGAAGAGUUAUUAUUAUCUUUAGGACAGGACUUCUGCCUACCCAAUUACAAACCAAGUUAUCAGCAAAUUUUCUUUACCAACAAAACUACAUUGACAAAAUGAAUAUCAUUCUAAAUGACCCACCCAAAUUUGACAAAGUUGGUACCCCUGACCUUUAUGAUAUAAUUAAACCCGAGGAUAAAAUCAACCGAUUUUUAAGGACACUUAAACAAAAUAGGAUAAUAGAUGAAAAUACAUAUCAAAGUCUCUUUGUUACAGGAUUGUCGUAUGGAAUCAUUUAUAGGCUCCCUAAAAUACACAAAGAAGGCAUCCCCUUGAGACCCAUUCUUUCCUCUAUGAAUACCCCAAACUACGGACUCGCUAAAUUUCUUGUCCCGUUACUUGAACCACUGACAAAUAAUUCCGACACAAUAAAAAAAAAAAAACUCGGCUGGUUUUAAGGACGAAAUUAUUAAGCAGGAUUCGAGUUUGGUCAUGGCAAGCCUCGAUGUCGAAUCCCUUUUCACAGACGAUCCUGUGGGAGAGACUAUUGAUAUUAUCCUAAAUAAAUUAUUUCCUUACGAUGAUUCCCUUUUUAAUAAUUUUAGUAAACCCUAUUUUAAACAACUUUUAGAGCUGGCUGUGCUGGACACGACCUUCGUUUUUUAAUGGUACUCUUUACAGACAGGUGGAGGGGAUAGCAAUUGGUAGACCUCUGAGCCCGACCUUCGCCUCAGUGGCGUGGUCGGUAUGGUCUUGGCCUGCCACCUCGGUGGCCGUGAGUACGAUUCUCGGGCUUGCCACUGAGGUGUGAUAGAAGUUCACUCUCGACGUGGUCCAUUAGUCAUGUAAAGCCGCUGGUCCCGUUGCUGAAUAACCACUGGUUUCAUGCAACGUAAAAACACCAUAUAAACACACAAUCGCCAAUAUCUUUAUGAGAAAUAAAUUUUUUAUAUGCCUGAAGUUCAGGACCCUUACAUGUAUAAUUUGCUACAAUUUUCAUAAGGAGAAAACUGGAAAUGUAUAAGGAAAACAGUGACUCAAUUACGACACCAAGGUUUCAAAUCCUUUCGAAACUGACAACGCUCACGCGUUACAAUCAAACACCGAGUGCGAGAAAGUCCGGGUGAAGGGUGGCGUUCAUGAUCUAGAUAUCUGUAGUACUAUGACCUCUGCAGAAUGUGAGAGUGUAAGCUACAGAAGCUGUAGCACUUCGGCAUUAAGUUACACCCCAGCUGGAGACUUGCAAAUGAAUCUAGAAACAAACUCAUUGUGAAUGUUGACAAAGUUUGCGUAUUGAAUUCAUGGUAGUACUACAAAAAGAAGCAAGGCAAAAAUGACGCCCUCCAAUCGGUACAGAGCCGGAACAAAUUGGUGGUAGGUUAUAUAAUUUGAUCUACUUUUCCUGGGGAUAAAUUACUGUUUUACAACAAACACUGAAGAAAAAUACGUUGAUGUUUUAUGAGUAUUUGGACACCUUAUAACAAAUGCCAUGGCUUUCGUCUACAUACGCUUAACAUUAUGCUUGAUUUCAUUUUAUUUAUUUUCACAUUUAUUCAUUUAAGGUGAGAGAGAGAGAGAGAGAGAGAGAGAGAGCCUGGUGGGACACCAUUCCCAGGCGAUAAGAUAGCAAAUUCUCUGUCACUGUCAUUCGCUCGGCGGAGAGCCACUCAAGAGGACGACCAUGGAGAAAAAGAUACCUAUAACCUUCGAGGACGCGGAGGAUUUUCCUCACUAUGGGGAGAUGGUUCUCGUCAAACCUGGGGAUACGCUUCUGCCGAUCGGAUACAGAAGACUGGCCAAUACUAUCUACAACUUCGAAUACAGGAAUGAAGACAUCUGCUUGUUCACCUAUCCCAAAAGUGGCACCAACUGGGUAGCUCAAAUCCUCUGGGGAAUGACGCAUAUCAACGAACUACAGAGAGCAACAACAGAGAGCGUCGACAGGCGACUCUUGUUAUUAGACAAUGACUUUCUUCACGACGUAUCGGAAAAAGACUACAUGGAAAGGCUGAGAGCCAAGCGUCCCGAAGCCAGAGAAGACGACGGACCAGCCUUGCAGUUGGCAGCCCUGGAGAAGGGGCGUCGCUUAAUAUGGAGUCAUCUACCAUUUAAUCUUCACAACCCUAAUAUCUUGGAUAAAUGUAAAGUCGUUUAUGUGAUGCGUCACCCAAAGGACAACAUGUUUUCCCGAUACAUACAUUUCAAUAAGGUUGCGCAAGGCCCGAUUCAGUACGUGGCUGAGACCUUCAUGACCGGUGAUACAAUAUAUGGUAGUUAUUGGCAUCACGUCAAUGAGGCUUGGAAAAGGAAGGACCAUCCCAACUUGCACAUCAUGUUCUACGAGGAUAUGAAAGCAGACAUCAUGGCUGAACUUGAAAAGCUGAACCAGUUUUUGGGAACGAGCCUUACUGAAGAGCAGCUGAAGAGGGUAGCAGAGCUCACCAGCUUCAACAACAUGAAGGAUCAUCCUACAAUGGUGGUUAACAUCCAGGGUUUUCAAGGAUCCUUCUUGCACAAAGGGGAAGUGGGUUCCUCGAAAGGGCAACUCCCGCCGGAGCUCGAUGCUCAGAUGGACGCUUGGAUCAAAGACAAUGCUUUGAGAGUAGACCCAGCAUUCAGAUACCUCUCUUAAGCCAAUGUUUUGGGAAACAAAAAAGUAUACUGACUCUACCUGAAUCAAUCCUAUGACGAGUCCACAACACCUGGCAGUAUGUAUGAUGUUUGUUUCAGCUCCAAUGGCAGGAACCAAUGGGUAUUAGUAAUACAAGUACCUUAGACUCUUAGAGCAUCUGGUACCAUCUUCCAAAGAAUACUCUAAUUACAGAAUAUUUUACUGUACUGUAUAUCAAUAUAAUGAAGGAAAAAAAUUUGCUUAUUGCAGCAGCCUUAUCUCCUUUCAAUGAAUACUUGUGUUUUUGAUGAAUCAUUGUUUUAGGUUAUACCCAAAUAUUAAAACUUUGGAAUAUCUCAACCUAAGAGUACGAUAAGUUAGUGCCAUAUUCAGCAUUGACCUAGUUUCCAAGAAGAACAGCAUGUAAGGGUGCGAUUAUUAUUACGGUUUUUCCUGUUUUAAAAAUUUUCAUGAAAAACCAGACAUCUAUUUAGACUAUGUCACAUUCCUCCUCUUGAAUGAGUGUGUACUCCGUACUCUCUUGACAUCAAUAUAACGUUUUUGCUUACGCAUUGUUUUUUGUGCCACAUAAGCGCAAUGACUGAUUAGAUUAAUGUCCUCCACUCUGUUCGGUAUUUCACACUCCUCAGAAAUGGGUCUUCUGAUGACUUUGAGCUGAUUGCAAAGCACACUGUAUGCAAGUUUACUGGAACGUCUGUCAACUGUCAUAUGGUCUAGCUUUAAUUCUGCUUUAAAAGGGAAGCAAUUGCAUUGAUCUUAAUUACAUUAAAAGAGAUUUAUUUAAUAUUAUAAGAAAUCUGGGCUUGUCCAGGCUCAAGAAAAAAUGACAUAGCAUGCAUUUUUAAGAAAUAUAAUCUAAACAAGGCUACAGCUUUUUCCCUAGUGGGUCAGGCUGAAAUACUUCACCUUUGCCUCUAUCUUCCACCACACUUUUGUUAGUCAUAAUAAACACUUAUCCAACUUUAAGAAUGAACUUAACCAUCUCUACACGGUUUCCAGAGUGCGACCAUCUUCAGGUGACUUUCACUUCCUUUACUGAGGGAGACUUGGAAACGGUUAAAAAGCCCAAAUUGAUAAGGUAAAUGAGAUCUACAAGAAUUCUUCCCAUCACAAUGCAGAAAAACUAAACUGGCAACAUCUCUGGUAUCAGUGCCUUUUAUUUUAUAAUUUUUCAUUUUCAAUAUUAAAGUUUCCAGGAAAGCAAAAAUUAAGCGAUGCUGUGCAGAAAACCUUGAACUGAGAUUCUCUUUUACUUUUAGCAAGUUAAAUCCAAAAUCUGCCUCACAGUGGAUGUCAUUCCUGACGAAUCUAAAUCGAUUUUAGUGCUGCUAUUGACUUGGUUCACCAAAGGACUUUUAUCUAUAAACCUUGAUUUAGGAUUUUGAAUGUUAUUCUGUGAACCCUACAAAAAGGGACAACUGAAUGGCAGCGAUGAGAGGUGUAAGAGAUUGAGAGGGUUUUUGACAAGAAUGAGAAAGAUUAAAUGUAGGAUUAUGAAAAUAAAAGUUACAUCGGUGAAAAGGUGGUAUAGUCACGUGGCAAGAAUGAAGGAUGGCAACAAGUUAGUGAAAAUUUCUUAUAAAUCUGCAGUAAUGGUUGGCGGAGGAAAAGGGGCUAAAAUGGAUGUGGUCAACCAGCUUUGUCAAUCUUCUUACUACUAUCCACUUCCUGAA